AUGAGCAUUUGGAACGUCGAUUUGAAGAAAAAUGACCCACCAGAGGAUACUUCUUCAAUAACAAGUUCCAUAGAGAAAGAUUCAUGGUUCUCAAUAACAAGUUCCACAGAGAAAGAUUCACGGUUCGGUUGUUACAUGGCGAUAAGUCCAGACGAAGAGAAAGAAUUUAAGUUAUAUGAUAUUACGGAUUUUAGUAAAUUUUCUACAUUAAAAUUUCGAUCUGAUAUAAUUUAUGGUAAACAAUAUUGUUCUAAUUGUAUAGACGAUGAUAAGAACGAACGCCUUGUUGCUUUAUCUUGUUUUGAUGCAAAAGAAAUGCUUUACAAAAUGCAAAAGAAAUGGCUUUACAAAACUCUUAAUCAAUAUGAUGGUGACGAAAAUAAUUCGAUAGAAAAAAGUGAAAUACAUACUUCUUUAGAAUCAAUUAGUGGUGUUAUAAGAUUUCUUGAUAAUGAUGUUAAAAUAUCGGGAUCUAAACUAUUAAUAAACAAAACACCAUCAAUUGCCAAGAUUGAACGAUUCAAAUUACAUCAACAACUUUCAAUUAGUCUUUCACGUCUUUCAUGUUUAGAUCGUGAACAAAAAUUAGAGCUUUUGCACACGAAAGGAAUUUAUAAAAUUUUGGCUAUAGAUUUUAUUGAUAAUAAUAAUAAACUUUUAAUAGUUCUUGAAGAACAACAUCAGUAUGGAAUUUAUUUACCACAUUCAAAGAUCCCAUACGUCAGAUUAAUUAUUCCUCUAAAAAUAGAUGCCACACAUCGAUUAAUAAAUUCUCAUAGAAAGAUAUUAGGGGUUAAAUAG